CAAGCCUACGUUUGUUUGACCGGGAGCUGCUUGUGGGUCCAGCAUGUUGAGGGCUGACAACACUGCCAUGAGCCUCACUGAAAAGUCACGAAAAUCUUGGAUUGAGGAAACCUUCCUCAAGAGAGAGUGUGUAAAGUUUAUCCCUUCCUCUCGGGACUUACACAGAUGCAUUCCAGUAUGUCAAGUCUGCCAAAAUUUGAUCAGAUGCUGCUGUGGCCGCCUAAUAGGGGAGCACCUCUGGCAGGAUUCAUUCCCUCCCAUGUCCCUCUGUCCUGGUCCUGGACAGGAUGGGCAGGAGGACUGGUCCACAGAGCUCCACACCAGGGCCAGUCCCACUAACGCUUAUGGGAUCAUAGACUUCCAGGACAGUGCUACACGCGUCUGUCGGGCCAAGUUUGUUCGUGUGGCUGUAGACUCAAAGCCAGAGAUGCUACUGCAGCUGAUGCUGAGAGAGUGGCAGAUGGAGAGGCCCAAGCUAUUGCUGACUGUCCAGGGAGGCUCGGAGAACUUCACCCUGCCCCCUAAAGUCAGUCAGGCCUUCAGCAAGGGGCUGAUCACUGCCGCUCUCAGCACAGGGGCAUGGAUACUCACUGAUGGAAUUAACACUGGUGUGUCAAAGUAUGUUGGGGAAGCGGUGAAAACAUUUGGCAGCCAUGACCUCAGGAAGAGAAAUACAGUGGGAGUCACGCCAUGGGGGGUGAUUGACAAUAACAGUGACCUUAUAGGCAGAGAUGUAUUCAGGCCCUACCAGCCUCUGGGAAACCCCUUGAGCAAGAGGGCUUGUCUUAAUGGUUUCCACUCCCAUUUCCUGUUGGUGGAUGAUGGAACUCUGGGAAAACAUGGUUGCCAGCAAGGCCUCAGGAGGAAGCUGGAGAAACACAUCCAGCUGCAGAGGAUACACCCUCGACUGAACCAAGGGGUGCCAGCAGUGUGUGUGGUGGUGGAGGGAGGCCCUGCUAUUGUAUCCACAGUGCUGGACUAUGUAAGCAGGGUGCCCCCUGUGCCAGUCUUUGUCUUCGAGGGAUCAGGCAGGGCUGCUGACCUGCUUGCUUUCUUACACAAGCAGACUGCUAUAGACAGGCAGCUGGCUGCUGACAUCCAGGAGGACUUCCUUGUUAGGAUUGCGAAUGUGUUUGGAGUAGAGAGGGCAGAAGCCUCUCACCUUUACAGCCUUCUCCUGCAGUGUAUGGAUCACAGGCAGUCUAUCACCAUCUUUGAUUCAGAGUCAGACGACCAGCAGGCACCAGAUUCAGCUAUUUUGACCACUACACUCAAAGGAACCAAUGCCAGUCCUGCAGAGCAGCUGAGCAUGGCGCUAGCAUGGGAUAGAGCUGACAUUGCUAAGAAACAUGUCCUGGUGUACAGACAGCAUUGGCAGGUGGGCUCCUUGGAACAAGCCAUGCUGGAUGCUCUGGUGAUGGACCGUGUCAGUUUUGUCAAACUGCUGAUUGACAACGGCAUGACCAUGAGCCGCUUCCUCAGUGUGGAUCGCCUGGAGGAGCUCUAUAACACGCCACAGGGACAAACAGACAGUUUCCUCCAGCACCUUGUUGAAGAUGCAAAACAGACCUCUCUGCCCAGAAGUUACCGUCUGUCUGUCAUCGACAUGGGCCUGGUGAUAGAGUACCUGAUAGGAGGAGCGUACCGCAGCACCUACACACGCAAACACUUCAGAGCUGCUUACAACCGCCUGCAGGACAAGGAGAGUGUCCGGGACAGCUCCAGCUCACUAUCUAAACAGACGACAGGAGUGGCACCCAACUCCAAGAGGAGCAGGAGUCCCCAGCGCCUGCAUUUCUUCAGAACUGCUCAGCCUUACAAACGCAAGGAAACAGACUCAUCACCUGGGAACUGUCGAGGAAGGACCUCGACCCCUGACCUUGGUGAACCUUCACUGCUGGUUCACUUCAAUUUCAAUGACCUGUUUGUGUGGGCGGUGCUUCAGCGGCGCCAGCCGUUGGCACUAUUCUUGUGGCAGCAUGGCGAGGAAGCACUGGCGCGUGCUACGGUGGCCUGUAAACUCUACCGCUCCAUGGCCUCUGAGGCACGGCAAAGCAACAUGGAUGACAACACUGUCGAGCAACUCAAGAUGUACUCACUUGAGUUUGGUCAGCUUGCGGUGGAUGUGUUGGACUGUGCGUUUCGUCAGAGCGAACAGAUGGCCAUGAAGCUGCUGACCUCUGAGAUGGAGGCAUGGAGCCACUUCACCUGUCUGCAGCUGUCUGUCUCCUCAGGUCACAGGCUGUUUGUCACACACUCCUGCACUCAGACCCUUCUCACUGAUCUCUGGACUGGGCCACUCAACAUGAGGAAGAACUCCUUUCUAAAGAUCAUGCUGUGCCUCCUGUUGCCCCCUGCCAUCCUGCUGCUGGAGUUUAAGAGCCAGGCUGAGAUGUGCCAUGUACCACAGACCCAUGAGGCGCUGCUCUUUGGGCGUGACUCUGUGAAGCCAUUGGUGACUCAGGAGGAAACUGGGCAGGCGGAUCACCAGGAUGCAGAGCGAGGCCUGUCAUGCUAUGAAAGUUGUCUUGGUCCAAUAUCAGAAACUGUCUCCUCACUGACCACGCGGUGUCUGUUCUGGAUCAGGAGGCUCUAUGAGUUCUACACUGCUCCUGUUGUCAAGUUCUGGUUCCACACAAUGUCCUACUUAGCCUUCCUGAUGUUAUUUUCCUACACUGUCCUGGUGAAAAUGGAAGAUCAGCCCAGUGUUCAGGAAUGGUUGGUCAUAGCCUACAUCCUGUCCACUGCAGUGGAGAAAACCAGAGAGGUGCUAAUGUCAGAGCCGAGGAAGCUGAGUCAGAAGCUGAAGAUUUGGUUCUCAGAGUACUGGAAUGUGUCUGACUUCAUUGCCAUCCUCCUCUUCCUGGUUGGACUUGUGCUGCGUUGGCAUACAGGCUCUUAUCGGACAGCAGGACGCAUCAGCUACUGUCUGGACAUCAUCUUUUGGUUCGUCAGGGUAUUGGAUCUGCUGGCAGUCAACCAACAUGCUGGACCUUACCUCACCAUGAUCACCAAGAUGACCAGUAACAUGUUCUUCAUUGUGGUGAUGAUGGCGAUAGUGCUGCUGAGCUUUGGAGUGUCCAGGAAAGCCAUCCUGUCACCAGAUGAGGACCCAUCCUGGAGCCUAGCCAGGGAUGUGGUCUUUCAGCCUUAUUGGAUGAUUUUUGGAGAGGUCUACGCAGGAGAGAUAGAUGCAUGUGCCAAAAACAGCACCUGUCCUCCUGGUUCCUUCCUCACACCCUUCCUCCAGGCUGUCUAUCUGUUCUUCCAGUACAUCAUCAUGGUCAACAUUCUCAUCGCGUUCUUUAACAACAUUUACUUUGACAUGGCAUCAACAUCAAAUAAGCUGUGGAAGUACAACCGUUACCGCUACAUCAUGACCUAUCAGGACAGGCCAUGGCUUCCUCCGCCACUCAUCGUCCUCAGUCACAUGACCCUCGGUGUGAGCGCCAUCUACAGGAGACUUAGUGGAGAGGCUGAGCAGGAGGAGAGAGGCUCUGGGCUCAAGCUCUACCUUGGCCCUGAGGAUCGUAAGAAGCUCCAUGAAUUUGAGGAAAGAUGUGUAGAGACCUACUUUCAUGAGAAGAGUGAAGGUCUCCAGAGCAGCCAGAUCAACAGGAUCAGAGCCACAGCUGAGAGAGCGGAGGAAAUGUGCUUGAUGGUUGAAGAGGUUUCAGAGAGGGUCCACUUCAUUCAGGACAGUCUGUCACUGUUGGACGGUCAGCUGGGUCAGCUCCAGGACCUGUCAGCCUUGGCUGUGGACACCCUCACCCUGCUCUCCGCCUCUGACAACAUCAGAGGCAGACUAAAUCAGGAGGAGGCAUGCCCGGCCAAAUAUCGAGCUAUCGCAGCAUCCCACCAUGUCCUCCCGCACAGCUGGACUCUCCCACACAGAGGUGGAAGAGAUGGAGAUAUCAUCAGCCUGCGGCGAGUGUUGGCCAAGACGUGUAAAAGUACUCCGCCUUCAUUGCUGAGGGGCUACACUCGGGUGGCGAGCAGAUUGGCAUCAGAGUACCAUGUAGGCGCCAGGGGAAGCCGGGGGGGAAGACAAGGACAUGAUGAGGAGCAGGAGGAGGAGCAGAAAGAGGAUGCACCAUGUACUGCUCCAUCCCACCGCAGUGAGGUGUGGCAGGAAGUUUACCACCAUGGUUCCCUCCCUCAUGGCUGUGGAGUGGGAAAUAAUUUCAGUAGUUUCAGGGAUCGGACCCCCUGUGAGUCCUGUGGACCAUCCCGCUGUGUAUCUCCCUCUGCCACCUGGUCCUGUGACAGGGAUUUAGAGGCCCCACAUCACAAACUCUGGACCUGUGACUCAUACUUGCACCCCAGUCAAAGAGAGACAUCCAUGGAAGAAGAAAGGGAGGAGGAGGAAGAGGAGGAAGAGCAGGAAGAGAAGAAGACAGAGGAGCAGCUGUCUAACCUGGAUGUAUCCAGAGCAUCAAGCUGUGCUGUCCUGUUGUCCGACCCUCGAGACAUCUCAGAAGGUUUGGUAAACCCUGCCUUCUGCCAGGAUGAUAACCAACAAAGUUCUCGGCCCAGACACUCCACUCAGUGGGCAAGACCCAUGAAAUUGCCCAGGUGGGCACACCUGUCAAAGGACCGUCCCUAUGGCCACUGUCGGUCUCUGUCGUCCAGUGUGGAGAAUAUGACCUUCUCUGAUGCUCCAGUCAGUCCACUGAAGGGAUCAUUCCCUUUCCUUAAUUUCCCAUUGAAUAAUGAGAGUUUUCCGGGUGGCAAGAGCCUUAAGGAAGAGACAUCACUACAGUGCAGCAGGAGCAGAGAGUGGUCCAAGUCAUCUGACUUCACUCAAGUUUUGAGUGGAAGGGGGAGAUGCCAGAACAGGAAGACAGUCAAGAUACAAGAGAACAACCCAAAUACUGUAAGCAUGCAGUCUCAUUUGUCUGAUGCUUGCUGGAGGAGGCGAAGGAGGCAGAGAGGAGGAGAACCUACAUCUUGGUCCGCUUCAACCAGCCUCAGUCAGCUAAAUUUUGACACCAUGGAUGUGUUGCAGAAACAAGUGUUUCCCCAUCCGGAUGUAUGGAGUCCCACUCAGUCAGCAUGGAACAGCGCGGCCAGAUCUGUGAGCCGCAGGUCCUCAUUACAAAGUGGGAUUGGCCCAGAAGCCAAGAGCUCCUCAUUCCCGUCCACCGAUGAUCUGUAUCCUCACUAUUCAGCGAUGGAGAGAAAUAAUCUGAUGAGACUGGCCCAUACCAUCCCCUUCACACCUGUUUCCAUUCUGGGAGGUGAAGAGGUGAGCAUUUACUGUUUAGAAGAGGUUCCUGAUGCCAACCCUGGACCGAGCUCCAGCACAGUUUCCUCUUGGUCAUCUCGAGGCCUGUCUGCCAUGCUGCAACCACUUUCCAGUGAGGAGGGCUCCCUCGAUGGGGGUCUGCGCCGGGGGAGCAGGGUGCUGUGUACCUGGGCAGAGAGAGACGUGCUCAGGCCCGGUCUGGUGUAUGUGGUCAAAGCUUUCAGGCCAGAGGUUGUGCGUGCCUGGCAGAGGUACUUCCAUGGUAGCACGGCACUGCAGCUCUGCUUGAGGGAGAUACAGCAGCAGAGAGCAGCCCAGAAGAUGAUGCAGGUAUUCAACCAGGUCAAACCUGAGAGCAUGCACCACUCUCCAAGCUUUCUGGAUGUAUCUCUCAUGCUUUGGCAUUCAAAUGGCCAGUGGCUUACUAUUGAGAGGAACAUGUCUGGUGACUUCAGGAAGUACAACAACAACACAGGAGAGGAGAUCUCCCCCUGCUGUUCACUGGAGGAAAUGCUUCUGGCUUUCUCCCACUGGACCUACGAGUACUCCUGUAGAGAGCUGCUGGUUCUUGAUAUACAAGGAGUGGACGAGGAGCUGACUGACCCAUCAGUUAUUAUGGCAGACGACCAAAGUAGUAACAACAGCAGUAAUGGUGAGAUGCUGUUUGGUCCUGAUAACCUGGGAGACGAUGGCAUCAGCGGAUUCCUGCUGAAACACACCUGCAAUGCCUACUGCCACCGACUGGGCCUGACAGAUUUAAGGAGGCGUCCGGACAGUCAUGAGAACAGCAGGGACGCAGAGCCAACAUCAGGGGAAGAAGAGGAAGAAGAAGAAGGAGAAGAGGUCGAUGAAUCCAGGAUAUAACCUGUGACCUGGGAAGUAGAAAAAAAAUACAUACACACACCGAAGUUCAACUGCACAAACACAUAUGUUGUCACAAAACACUGUCUCGGUAUCACCUUCACCUUUAGAUCUCAUUGAAGGUGGUAGUGUGUGAAUGUGUUUUGUUUCACGGGGUGUCAGAGAUCGCCCUUUUUUCUACCAGGGACACUCAGGGCACUAUUUAAAAAGAAGGGUUUAUGUUAUGACACCAAAUGUCAUGUAUUAAAACGUUGCUGUUGAGACUUUUUUGAGAUUUGCUGAAAUCUUAAAUGUUUGUACUUUGUUUAUAUAUCCAUUCUUUUAGCAGAUGC